AUGUACAAGAAAAGGUUUCCGACGUCAGGUAGUAACCGACUUGGUCAUAACGAACUUGGUUCCAAGGAUGGUUGGGUCAAAUGCGUCAUGUCGUUCAAGAACAUGAUAAAGCCGUACUUUGCUUCAAUGGCUGUAUGGUCGGGUGUGAACAUUGCUGGUGUCUCAUUGGCGGAGGUGAGCAGAAGAGCCGGUUCGAGGGAGGGUCAAGAAUCAUGGCAAACGGAACUUCACAAAAAAGUUAUCUCUAGUGCCUAUGAAAUCAUAAAAUUGAAAGGAUACACAUCAUGGGCAAUUGGCCUUUCUGUCGCUCGUAUUGUUUCGGGAAUCAUGAGCAACUCUCGAAACGUCUUCGCCCUUUCCACAAAUGUCAAUGGACUUCAUGGCAUCACAGAUGACGUCUAUUUAUCGCUCCCAUGCGUUGUCGGUACGAACGGGGUCACGCACGUAAUUAAACAGAAUCUCAAUGAGGAAGAAGUUGAUAAGCUUCACAAAAGUUGGAAGACCCUAUUUGAUGUGCAGAAGGAACUUAAGUUGUAA